AAUCCCUGUUUUGAACUGGUUCACACGGUUGAGUUCGGCAGCACUGCAGGGCUGCAAAAACAAUUAAAAAGAGCUUGACAAGCUGUCACAUUGCCGAAAUUUGAUGAAAAUUUUUUUGCUAAUUUGCUAUUAGUAAAGUCGUGGAUAAUCUGUUCUGCCGUUAACUUGAGAACGAUGAGCCAGAAGACGGAGGUUUCCCAGUUGGUCAAGAACCAGUGCCGCUUGCUCCUGUUGCUAGAGAAGAACAGACUCAAGGAAUCACGGCAUCCGAUCUCCUGCCUACCCGGGCCCGUCCACGUCCACUUUCCUGUCCUGCGAAAAUCACGCACCCUCUCCAUCGGAAACAUCUCCCAAGCAACUCUGGAGGAGGUGUUCCAGAACUGUCGCCGCCUGGAAACCCUGGUUCUGCACGACAAGAUGGCGCCCGGCACCGUUUACGAUAUCCGGAACAUAGGCCUCUGCCACCAGCUGAAGGUGCUGCUGCUGCCCUUGGAAAUCGGGACUCCGCUGGCCAUCUGCCACCUGGUGAACCUCACCCACCUCACACUGCAGCGCCAGAAACUCUGGCCGGGCAUGGACUGGCUGCCCACUGUGCAGGCCAUCAUCCAGGCCAAGCGGUUCCAUAUCCAGGCUCUCAGCUUCGAUGGCUCCUGGCUGGUGGCCCCCUUGCAUCUGUCCCAGCUCCAGCUGGCCCAGUGCACUGCUCUCACGGAACUGCGGCUGAGCAACUGCAAGCUGGGCAAGGUAGGCGGUCCACCGUUGCCCUUCUGCUGCAAAACGAUCAGCUUCCGGCGAUGCUCCCUGAUCAAGCUGUACAGCUACAUAAACUCCCAGCCGAUGUUGCGGGAGCUGGAGCUGUUCGACUGUAAGGUGGUGUGGGAAGCCCCCGUGAUGGGGCGCAUCCUGAGCCUGAGGCAGCGCCAGCCCGUCCUCGAACCACUCCUGCUGACCUUCAGCCAGUCCACCCAGCUGCGAUCGGAGUACACAAAGUGGACCAAAGAGCAACUGGCGGCAUUCAGCCAGUGGCUGCUGGUGAGGGAACUGGAGCCCCAAGAGGCGGACACCUGGAACCAGCCAGUCGGCACGGUUUCCAUGCGAUUCUCCGCCUCCAUCAACUAUCUGCCCGAUCUCAAGCUUCCGGAGGAGAGCAUUCCGAAUGCCGCUGUCGUAGUCCAGCAGUUAAAUGCUUUGUAAUGGCGUUUCAUCUGAAGAGCUUUGCAUGAUUAUGGGAGCUACUUUAGUAGUACUUCCUUCGUAUUAUUGCAUUAAUUCCAAGUUUGUUUUUCGGUUGUGGUUGUGUGUUAACUAACACAUAAACCAAGUAAUGCCAUUUAUUUAUAAACAUAAUAUUUUAAAAUUUUACUGCUAUUUUAACUUUUAACCAUUGUCUUUUUCGUCAACUUAAAAAAAAUGUGCCUUGCAAAUCCUAUAACAAACAAGAAAUGGCCAAUUUACAAUACAGCAAAUUAAAGUAAUCUCAUAAUCUCCAAAUUUGAAAAUCAGAUGAAAUGUUAUAGACUAAAAGAGAGAAAUUAAAACUGAGCAACGUAUUUUAUACUUUUUUUUUUAACAAACUGACAGUCAAUAUUAUUAUGGA